AAGAUUCUCCUCUUAGAACAUACGUGAAGAAAUUUUUUACCUAUUCAAUUGGCCGCUUGCUAGUGGCUUUAUUUACUAUGAACUUUCCAAAUGCCGCUAGAAAUUUAAGUAUUAAAGCGGUACCCAAAGAUAUAUCAAACUUUUUUGAUAAACUGUUUAGAAAUGUUGUACACGACAGGGAGACAAACAAUUACGUUAAUGAUGAUUACAUACAAAUAUUGAUAAACAUGAAAAACAGCGAACUAGCUAGAGACGAAGGAUAUGAGCAUGAUGGUAAAACUGUAACUAUUGAAGAACUCACUGCUCAAAGUUUUGUUUUAUUUGUGGCUGGUGUUGAAAAUGCUUCUAUUGCACCAACUUGGGCGCUGUAUGAACUUGCCAAAAAUCAGGAGAUUCAACAGAAAGUCAGAAACGAAAUCAAUGUCGUACUAGAUAAACACGAUGGAAAAGUUACGUACGAUGCCAUUCAAGCUAUGAAAUAUAUGAAUAAAGUAUUAUAUGAGACUUUACGAAAAUAUCCACCGAUUCCUGUUCUAAAUAGGCAGUGCGUGAAAGAUUAUAAAAUCCCUGGAGAUAGUGUAAUCAUCGAAAGGGGUACAAGAGUUGUUAUUCCAGUACUGGGGAUACAUUAUGACGAAGAGUAUUAUCCCGAUCCCGAUAAAUUUGAUCCCGAGCGUUUCGACGAAAAAAAACUGACAACUAGACAUCGUUGCUGCUUUAUUCCUUUUGGAUUUGGACCUAGAAUGUGUCUUGGUCUACGAUUUGCGAUGAUACAAGCCAAGGUUGUACUUAUGACUUUGUUAAAAAGUUACAAUUUUACAGUGAAUGAGAAAACUAAAGAACCGAUCAAAUUUUCAAAAAACAGUAUUAGUGUACAAGCAGAAGGUGGUAUUUGGUUAGAUGUAAAAAAAUAUUAGCAUAAAAUUUAUCUUGGUUUACUUAUUUUAACUCA